GCGCCCGACCGGGAACUGCAGUCCUGCCCGGGACGAGCGAGACUUGGCCUUAGCCCGGGCCUUACCGCCACUCUUGCCACGGCCAGACAUGGCGGCUCGCUCCUCCGUGCGCGCUGUACCCUGCCGACGAGAGUUCUCCGGCGAAGUGGGGCGAGGGGCUCUGCACCCGGUCCUCUUAUAACCUUCCCCAAAAUAGCGCUCAGCUCAUUGGACAGCGCCGCCGCGCCUCGCUAUUGGUGCGUCUGCCGGAAGAAACUUUUUACUGAUUGGUCUCCUCUGCGGAGCCACCGCUUUUGGCCCCCGAGUCUAUUGGUGGUGGAGAUAGACCAAUCAGACGGCAAGGCGCCAAAUUCAUACCUCUCUGAGGCAGUUGAUACGCUCUCCCCCACUCUCUCUUCCCCUUAACCGGGUGCUUCAAGGGCUCUCCUCUGGGCUCUCGGGUGGGCAGCAGUGCUGUGUGAACCAUGGUGCCACGUACUGCUGUACGAGUAACGAUUUGUGUUGGAGGAAAAGGCAAUCACAGCGUGUGGGGCCUUAGCUCAUUAUUAAGAGUAUUUACCAGUGUCCUCUGCAUGGAUGCAGUGAUCCUUACUUUGCUAUUCCGUUUUGGAUGCGUCCUGGUCUGCGAAGGCAGAUGAUGGAGAUAUUCAGAAAUAAAAGCCCUUUGGUGGGAAGAUCCCUGCUAGCUGGGAAAGAGGAGGGGGUCUACUGGAACCAGUCCCCUAGCAGGGUUUAAAGCCACAGAGAUGUCUUGUGUAACCUAGCUUUGCUGUGUGACAGUGUUCUUGAGGCAAAUUAUGGAAGGGGAAAGGGUACCACAAGCUGUUUUAUUUCCAGAGCGCUCUGAGCUCUGGUUAGAGUUUAUAACAUCUCUCUCUGUGUCCAUGGACCAAAGACAGGAUUGGCGAAGCCAGGAGAGGAUCCUGGCUUACUUGUUCUGCUGUAGAGAGUCUUGCAGAAACUGAAGCUCUAAUUUUCUCUCUAGGGGAACCCUAAUGUGCUCGUUAGGUGUACAGAGAUUUCAUCUUUCCCACGUUUGGGUCAUUUACUUCUCCCCUAAAGGCAUUCCCAGUAACAAUGAUGUCCAAGUAGCAGGGACUCUUUUCUGUCAGUAGAAUCUGACAAAAGCCUCUGGGCACAAUAAAAAUAGAAAGACUAUUAUGCUUCAAGAGUGGCCCCUGCAGAGUAGUUGCACGUUGGCAAGUGUCCUGAGGUUCUCGGAGGGCCAGAGUAAGAUGAGUUGCAUCAUUUGGUCAGCAAUUGGAGAAAAUUGACUGGCAGGCACAAGUCUUUCCUCUGUUCCCAGCAGCCCAGUCAGACAUCAUAAAACAAACGCACUAGUUGGUACCGGAUUGAGAAUGCAAUGGUGCUGCCCAGGACCUAGGUAAAAAUCAGCCAGAGAACAGAAACAUUAUAACAUUAAGUAAGGUACAGGUUGUCAGUUCCUCAUUUCCCCUUGGGUUUGCUACACUCUGUGACUUGUUUCACUAAGUAACAACAUUUAGGCUAAAUUGUUUAGGUAUAGAACCAGUGAAAGGUGGAAGUGUAGGCAAAAUCCUCAGCUCUUUCUCUGAGAAUUGUAACCAUCUGCAGGGGAUCUCCAUGCGUGCCUGCACACAGUAACAUAGUGAGAACAAUGGAUUAGAGGAGUGGUUGUGAGCAACUCAUUCCUUGUUAAGGACCACACAUUAUAUUGUAAACUCUAUAGUUUGUGAUGGAAAAUGUUUCAUGUCAAAGCUGCAAUUCAGCAUCCUUACAAGAAGAUGCUGCAAAGACUUCUCUGCUGUGGCUGGCCUCCAGAUCAAGUAGCAGGUACUUUCUGCCCUUUCUCAUCCCUGAUACAGUCUGCCUAAGCCCUGUUUGGUCUCCAGGUUUGUUUGCUGGAAAUCCUCCCUCCUGAAUGGGAAUUUGGUGAGGUAAGUGUCUCUUUCCUAAGAAGAAUCUCUGAUCGGAGGAUGAAAAAAGGAGUUCUACUGUGGGCACCUAGGCAAUGCAGCCCUUUCCACAAGUAGUGUUUCUUCUGUUUUCUGCAUGAGUUCACAUGGUGGCCAGAGGUAGUGGCAGUAUCUGUGAGGCAACUUAUCCUCAUGCUCUAAAGUGCUUCCAAACACUUCUGCACCCCGCUCAGAUUUUGGGUACUGCUGAGCUGUGUGCCAUGCUUACCAAGUCCACCAGCCGGAAGUAACUCCAGGACUGUGUUAUUUGGUCUGGCUGACAAACAGGAAUGUGGGAAAAGGCUGGAUCUGGUGGUCACAGUGACAAAGCACUCUGCUGUCCUAAUGUUUUUGUAGCACCCAGUGAUACAUGCCUUGGGAACCUUCUCAAGCUAACCUCGUGAUUUGUAUUUAUUAGCUCUCAAUGAACAUGGAGGGGUGAUGGAUAGAGGCAGGGGGAAGGAAUCUGUUUCCUCCUUGAGUGACAUAAACCGCCUGAGCCUCAAGUUCCAUGACUCAACUGCAUCUUGUGUGAAAAGCAUGAUACUUUACUUCCCCUUUUCCCCUUGAAAUGCUUGAGACACAUUUGGGUCUGUUUCUAUUGCAGAGUACAUCUUUUUACUGGAGAAAAUGUUGGUCUGACCUGAAUGAGCAGCAACAGGAGAGUGAGACUUCGCUCGUGGGUGGGUCCAAUCAGCUUUAUAACGAAGUUAAUAAGGGUCAUAUUAUUGCACUCAGUAUAUUCACCGUCUUCAUCUGUUCCAAUCCUCACAUCUACUAUAUGCAAGAUCUUGACGGCCUGGAGAAAGAAAUAUUACAUGUUAUUUUACCAGGUUGCUCAGGUACAUUACCUUGGCAGCCGGUGACGGGGACAAGGAAUGACAUGGAAGAGUUGAGGCAAUGAGUAGAGGAAGUUGAGCACUUGCGGGAUGAAAAAAAGCAGCAUUGUUUUGCUGAAGUGCCCCAAGAUCCCCACCACAGCAAAGGUCAUGCCGGCAAAGUAGCAGAAGGUGUCUCCAACAAACACUUGAGAUGGGUACCUGCAAUCCACAGAGCAGAAAGUCCGUCAUCAUCACUGUUGUUGUACAAAUGACUUUAUAAGCACCGAACAUAUUUCCCAAGUGGCUGGCUAGAGAGGGAACUGCAGCAAAUCUACGUGGUAAAAACAACCACUGCAGCUAUCUAUGCCAAGGACUGCAGGGCUGGGACCCACAACCUGAUUUGCAGAGAAUAUGAUAUGAAAGAAUGGAUAACGAGACAGAGCAUAUCCUCACGUACAUUUUGGUGAGCCGGUGUGACUGGAAUUGUGCUAAUGAAAAGCUACCAGCACAUCGAUGCUUUGCACCGUUGGUUCUGGCAAGGGACCCAUCUAUGCCCCAACAUUCCAACUGCAUGCUGGUAAAUGGGUUGGUUUGUUUGAAAAGGGAGAAUGUAGAGGGAAAGGAUGCUUCCAAAGAAACCCUGAAUGUCUAUCCUCUUACCAGUUGUGGUAAAACAGCCCCAGCGUGGUAAAAAAAAAGGGAAUCAUGAAGUAGAGAGAAAAAAUGUGAUCAUCUCGGUAAUCCCCUAUAGAAAAAAAAAAUGUUUGUCAUAAGACAGGACUGGUUGUUUUUUACUAGUAUCAGAUAUCAAAAUCUAGGAUUCUAUCCUCCUUUGCUUUUUGCACCCCAAAACACAGACACUAUCUAGCUUACCAUUUAACUCUACAAUGUUGAACACAAUAAUGGAAGCAGCUAUCACCAGUGACUGCCCCGCUUCGAUUCCAUUAAUUCCAGCGAGAAUGUUGAUGGCGUUGGUGCAGAACACUGCUAGCAUGCCCAUGUAUACGUAGUAGAGGAUACCUGCAGGUCAGAGCAAGCAGAAUGCUUUAAUAUUCAUAGGCAAAGCAGACCCAGUCCAGUUCACCACAGCUCUUGCUUGCUUUGCACAACAGCCCAUUACCUGGUGUUCUUGGUGAGAGUGUCAGUAAGUGGUAACUUACUGACAAAUCGUUCUCUACCCCGUGACUUGGCUGUCAUGUGUACGUGUAUGUAUGAUGUGAGGGCCACAGAGAAUGGAUGCGAUGCAGUGGCAGAUUGUAGCACCGUUUCUGGUUUGUGAUCAUCCUGGUGUUGACAGCUGACUGCUGUACGUACCUAGUGCUGGCUGUGUUCCCAGAACCCUGGAAAAAUGAGUGGUGCCUACCUGUGUGUAGCUGAGUGCAUGCUGGGUUUCUGGAUAUAGUUUCCACCCUAAUUAAUAUUUAUUGGGUACCCUAUCAUGACCAGUACAGUUGUGGGUGCCACAAAUAUUUACUUGUGCUGACUCCUUCCUUAAAAAAAUCCUUCGUGCAUUCCCUCUGCAGCACAGAGUGCCUCGGGUGACCCUCUCCACAGAGUGCUCGCCAUUUGUCUGAUGGCUUCCCCUGAUUUGUAACAACUUACCCAGGUCCAAGUGCAUGCCCAGCAACAUACGGAAGGGCUUAGGCACCACAAUGGUCGUGUUCCCAAAGUUGGUGAAGUAAACCAUGAGCAGAGGGAGUGAAGCCAUGGUAGGAAGAAGGAGCUUGUGGCGCCAGCGCAGGUUCAGAACGUCAUCUGCAAAGCCCAGGAAAAUCAUGCAACAGAUGGCGAGGAGCGAACCGAUGAGCUCCACAAACUGCGGGACAGAGAACAGCACCCCUAUUACCGGUGGCCACUCCCGCCUGUGUCCGCCGCACUCCCGACACCAGGCGAGUCUCACCUCGUCGUGAGGAAAGGCCGCGCACUGCUCCUCCACGAAGCACCUCAGGAAGGGCACGGGGAUGAAGCAGAAGAGGAUGAUCAGGAACACGGCCCCGCUGAUCACGCCCUGCGCUUCGGGGCUGAAAGGAAGGCAAGGCGCGCAGUCGGCCCGGCUGGUCCUGGUCCCGGGGCCGGUGCGGCCCUGCGGCGCACGGUUCGGUGGGGCAGCGCUACUCACACUGGCCGCCGAGAGGCCUUGUUGAGGUCCUCGCCGUAGAGCCGCGCGGCGAGGAAGCGGUCCUUGAAGGCCGGGAUCAGUGUCAGCGUGGCCACGAAGCCCAGCAGCGACCCGCCGAGGUUGAUGAGGAGCGGCACAGCGGGCCAGGCCGCCAUGACCACGGCGGGCGCUGCCGCUGCCAAGGGCACACACACCGCGGCCGGGCGCGGAACGCCGCCCGCCGCUGCCUCCGCCGCGGUUUUCCAGCCGGACGCGAGAGCGGAGGCACCGGAUGCGCGGCCUCACUCCGGCCAAUCGGCGAGAUCCGCGCCGCUUUUGGCACGAGCUGCCGGGAGGCGCGGGGUUCUCCCGGAGCUGCCGGAGCGGGGGGAGCGCCUCUUCCCGGCGUUGGAGCCUCCUGGACCGGGCCUUGCAGCGACGGACUCCGCAGCGCCGCGGCCGCUCUCGAGUUCAGUGCAGAUCACGUUUGAGGAGGGCUCUCAGCUCCCACCAGCCGCAAAUAUAAGUCACGUGACGUGCAAGGGACAGUCGGACUGCAGCAUGGUGCUGUGUUGCCAUCUGUCAGCUGAAGCUGUGAAAUUCCCAGUGUCUGUUACUCAGCAGUCCCCAGUUGCUGUUUCUGUGGACACCUAUCAUGUCACAUUGGCUGUGCUGCAGGCUCAGGUGGAGAUCCACUUGGAGGAGAUUCAGAAUGAAGGUCUCCUGGUGUCAUGGACGUUCAAGGACAGACCGGACAUGAACCUUUCUGUUCUUCCGAGACUUCAACUUUGUGAGAAUGAAGGGAGAGCAGACUUGUCCACCAUAAAGGAUCUGAUUGAGGAUACCAUCAUCAGCACGCAGCCAGCCGUGACGGUGAAUCUGAAGGCCUGUGCCGCUGGAGCUGGUGCAGUAAGACGCUCUCCUCCUGUCCCUCUUGUUACCAGUGAUAAGCUGACUCGAGAGUCACUGUCCAGAGUAGCCCCUCUGGGUUCUAAGCUGUUGCUCCGGAAUCUUCGAGUGCUGAACUUGGGCUGCCAGGGCAAAGGAGGACUUGAGGAGAUAUGCUGUGUGGCAGAACUAGACAGCCCCUUGCAGCAGAAGUGGACGAGGCCGGUGACAGCUAGCAGUGCCAGCACUGUGUCAUUAAUGGAGUGGAAUGAGGAGCUCUUUCUGGAGUUGGGACACAGAAGUAGAGAGCUGAAGCUACAGGUGCUGGGGAGCAGCGACAGAGGGAGAAGUGUGCUGCUGGCACAUACCACGCUUUUUCUUGAUUCUUUGGGCAAGCAACCUUCUGGGAGACAGGUGUGCUCCCUGGCCCCGGGAGCCGGGUGGUCACUGGCGGCUGAAGCUACAAUUACAUUGGAGCUGCUAUUCCAGGAGUCUCCUGCGUCUUUGAGUGCUCAGCAUGCUACGUCUCUGCGAACCAGCAUCACCCCCACUAAGAAGGUGGAGAUGGACCGGACCAUCAUGCCUGAUGGCACCAUUGUGACCACUGUCACCACGAUUCAGUCCCGGCCCAAGGCAGACUGCAAAACGGAUUCACCAUCGAGGUCGCCUUCCAAGGUGGAAGUGACUGAAAAGAAGACAACUGUGCUUUUGGAAAGCAGCUGCCCUUGCAGGCCCUUGCCCAGCAGCAGCCGGGAUAUCUGUAUGCCCAACGGCUUGGAUCCGGUGGCUGAGACGGCAAUCAGGCAGCUGACUGAGACAAAUAACAAACCUGCCAAGAAGACCCCAACGAAACGUAGCACGCUGAUCAUCUCGGGAGUUUCCAAGGUACCUAUCGUUCAAGAUGAAAUGGCACUUUCUCUGGGUUAUGCUGCAUCCCUGGAGGCCGUGGCGUACAGGGAUUCUGUGGCAGAGGGCACAGGUGAGUGGAUGCACGAUUCUACUGAAUCAUCCCAGCUGCCGGAAUCGUCGCCAUCUAGACAAAGAGCCGGUCAGGAGCUGGAUGAGACGACACGAUCGGACAUCUCCGAAAGGCCAUCGGUGGAAGAUGUUGAGUCUGAAACUGGUUCCACGGGAGCACUUGAGACCAGGAGCUUGAAGGAUCACAAAGUUAGCUUUCUUCGGAGUGGAACCAAGCUCAUCUUCCGGAGGAAGAGUAAGCAGAAGGAGGCAGGCCUAAGCCAGUCGCAUGAUGACUUGUCCAACAUUGCCACCGACUCCACUGCCGGGAAGAAAGCCGGCAGCUUCUCCCGUCGCCUCAUCAAGCGCUUCUCCUUUAAGUCUAAAUCCAAACCCAAAGGUAGUGACAGCGUGAUGGCAGGCAAUGCUUGCUGAUGUAUCGUGGUGGAGGUACCGGUUUUGAUUUUGAGCAUUGCUCUGGCAGAACACUCAUCUGGGAAUCUUCCUUCGCUGCAGUCUGUGGAAUGAAUGGUGCACAGGACAUGUAACAGUCGGUGCGUAUCCUCCCUUGAAUUUUUUAGUGGUGCUUUUUAUCAUAACCUGUAAAUUGCUGUCAAAGUUUCUAUCAGGUUAGAUAGUUGCGAAGGAAAGGGAUAUUGUCAAGCGCUGAUAGCGCGUGUCCCCAGACGUUAAUUCCCACACCUGCUUGUGUUUCCUAGCAGAGAUGUACUUUCCGCCAUUUUGUUGCUUCUCAAAGUUGAGCAGUGUAGGACUAAUACUGUAACAACCAUUCAUCUUCUUCUAAAUGUUACUGGGAAGCGUGGAAUGUUGUUGAGGGUGUUUGGGUAAACUGCUCUUUUGAGGGACAGGGGGGUAGGGGGAGUGGCUCAGUCACAUGCACCGGAAGCUUUUCAGUUCAGGUACAUUCCUGAGUAACACGUUCAUCCUUUCUCUUUGUGUCUGUACAUGGAUGGCUUCCUUUCUCGCCCUCGCAGUCAUGUUUGUCCCUCGAGUAGUAGGCAGCUGGUUUUGCUAAUCCUGGUUACGCAAGCGGAGGUGAGUCUCCUGGCUUUCCAAAGCCAAGGCCAGUAAUGAAUCUGCCUUAUAAGGGAGGUAUGAUUAUUCAUCUGAGAAACCAUUCUUCUACCCUAACCUUCUUGGAAGGAAAGGGAAGGUCACAUAAUUCUUUGGCCUCCAGAAACUGUAAAGACACAGUCCCAGGGAGUUUUUCCCCAUAGUGCUCUUGGCUUUUUAUUCUCUGCUUAGGUCUGGGACAAGAAGAAAUUCUAUUUGAAAUCUGCUUUUCCCUGCUUAACUUCUUCCGGAUAGCCGUGUCUUUGCCUCGGUGCUCUUGCAUUUCAUAAUGCCUGGGACCACGAAACAACCCCAGUGUGCGGCGCAGGCCGUUGUCAAACUUUUUAGAACCAUCCGUAGUUGCCAGGUUGCUGUCUUAGGGUAGGCUUUGUGUCUGCACCUUGUUAAACUGGUCCUCAACUGAAUAUGUGGGGGAAGAAUUGCUGACAGAGUGGCAGGCUUGAACAUGGGGAGGCUGGUGAAGGAGUUCAGCCUGCUUAGAGGGGCCUGCGUUCCAAGUACUGCAUUGCGCUGCUGGCUGUGAGUAUGCUUGUAAGUUUAUUUUGCUCCAGAUGCAUCGUGUUUUGGUAAGGCUUGUGAAGAGCUUCCCCAUGGGGAAACAACCCUUGGUGUCAGCAAGAGAAAAAAAGCGUGGGAAGAAAUAGAGGGAACUGCAAAACUUCAGCAAUUUGGGGUGCCAUAGGCUGUAGUGUGGCGGGUGCCUGACUGAUGCCUGGUAAUCGGAGAGGGUGCUUGAAGGCAGAGGGUUUAUACAUGUGCACGUGUUUGCAUGCCCUUGGAAUUAGUGUGCUCUGUGAGUGCCCAUACCUGUGAUACUGCAAAAUGAUGGCACUGAUUGGGAGAUAGGGAAAGUGGCCUUCACUGGCUUUUGUGGUAUCCACAAAAUAUUUCUUACACGGACACCUCUGGAAGCAGCCUGGAGCAAACAAGUCUAACUUCGGCCCCUGCAAGCACCAUUGUGUGUUUGUGUAGCUGGGGACAGGCUUAUGGGCAGAUUGGCUAAUGUGGGGGAGAGCAAUAGGAGUUGUGUAGAGAGCUAGUCAGAAAACAGUUUUGGGGAUGGGAGGAACAUAAUGAAAGCUUAUAUAAUAAAGUAUAUGUAAUGAUAAAAGCAGAUGUGAGGGCCACUGGCACAUUCUGUUUCUAGACUAGAACUGGGCAGGGGGCAAAUUGUAUGUUUACAAAUGUUUUCAUUCCACUCAUUUGUCUCUAGUGUUGCUGAUUCCUUCCUGUGAUGGCUUCUCUCGGUUCAUUGCCUGCGAAAUAGAGAUGUCAUGUUUGGAUAGCUGGCAAGAUGCUUGAAUGUUGGGUGGCUGGUGAUUACAUGUUCUGGGGUCUUUAGCAUCGUUCAGCCCUCCCUCCCCCUAUGUAGGGCACAGUGUGCGUCAUGGUAUAGUAACAGUCCCGGUGGUUCAAACUUCUGGAAAAGAUCUUUGUGUACUUGUGGUAUUCCAGCUCCUUCUACAGGCAUGACUGCUUCACGCCACCUUUUCUCGUGCGUACAGGUACUGGACCAAAUAUCCACACUGAAUUUGUAUGUGCUCUUUUGUACUUUGAUGCUCUUUGAUGCCUCUCUGGGUGGAUUAUUUUAACCCUGGAUCAUUUAGAGGAUGGAAAAAACGAAAAAAAGGAACCAUGUGGCUAUUGAAGAGAUGAAAACAAAAUUACUUAAGUUGGACUAAGUGAAUGAAGUUCUUGAAGCUUUGUAAAUGUUGAAGAAGAAUUCCAUUGCUGUGUAAUGGCUGAACCUGUUAACUUAUUAAAACACAUGGAAAUCAAAACCC